GGAAAGCGUUUCAUUUAACGUGUUUGAGGGUAUGCGCCGUUGUGUGUAUUUAUUCAAGCAAAGCCUGCGGUGUUCUCCAUCCAAGAUGGCUGCGGGUGAAAACAGUAACAGAGCGCCAUGCCUAAAUUUCCCAAACUGCGGACCUUUGGGUAAUGCUCAGCCGAGCAACAGUGCCCAUUCUUCGCCCACAAGCAACGGGGGUUCGAUGGGAUCCACUGAUGGGGCGUCUAGGGCAGCGGGGAACGCAAACACCCAUUCAGGCCCUGACGCUAGUGGAGGCGCCGAUGUUGCAGUACGAGCUUCGCCGAUUACACAGAACUCUCGGCGGCAGUCAGCAAGUCAAAACGCCAUGGCUGCGCUUGCGCCAACAGCCGUUGGAGGAACACCAGCCUCUGCAUCAAAUAUGACGGCUACAUCAGCCGCCACCGCAUCCUCAGUGGAUACGUCCGCAAGUUUGUCCUCGGUUCUCAACAGUACAGCAUCCUCUGCGUCUGUGCUGGUUUUUCGUGAGCCUGUUUACAACUGGCAGGCCACAAAAAGUACAGUUAAGGAAAGGUUUGCUUUCUUGUUCAACAACGAGGUCCUCAGUGACGUCCAUUUUUUGGUUGGGAAAGGAAUGGGAGUGCAGCGAAUACCAGCGCACAGAUUUGCUCUCGCCGUGGGAAGUGCCGUAUUUGAUGCCAUGUUCAACGGAGGCAUGGCCACCACGUCGACGGAGAUUGAGCUUCCCGAUGUAGAACCAGCUGCGUUUCUUGCCCUUCUUAAGUUCCUGUAUUCUGAUGAGGUACAAAUAGGUCCAGAGACGGUAAUGACAACUCUGUACACGGCCAAGAAGUAUGCCGUGCCUGCAUUAGAGGCGCACUGUGUAGAGUUUCUCAAGAAGAAUCUACGAGCAGACAACGCUUUCAUGUUACUAACGCAGGCAAGACUGUUUGAUGAGCCCCAGCUGGCCAGCUUGUGCCUGGAAAACAUUGACAAGAACACUGCGGAUGCCCUUGCUGCUGAAGGCUUUACUGACAUUGACCUCGACACCCUUGUAGCAGUUCUGGAGCGGGACACCCUGGGGGUGCGGGAGGUGCGUCUGUUUGCGGCCGCCGUGCGCUGGGCCGAGGCGGAAACCCAGCGGCAGCAGUUCCAGCCCACCCCAGAGAACAAGCGCCGGGUCCUUGGCAAGGCCUUGUCUCUCAUUCGGUUCCCUCUUAUGACCAUAGAGGAGUUUGCUGCAGGUCCUGCUCAGUCGGGCAUCCUAUCAGACCGGGAGGUGGUCAGUCUGUUCCUGCACUUCACCGUGAACCCUAAGCCUCACGUGGACUUCAUCGACCGACCCCGCUGCUGCCUAAGAGGCAAAGAAUGUAGCAUCACUCGCUUUGGCCAGGUAGAGAGCCGCUGGGGAUACAGUGGGACGAGUGACCGCAUCAGGUUCUCGGUGAAUCGCAGAAUAUUUGUAGUGGGAUUUGGCCUCUACGGAUCUAUACACGGCCCUACUGAUUAUCAAGUGAACAUCCAGAUCAUUCACACCGACAGCAACACGGUGCUUGGUCAGAAUGACACUGGUUUUAGCUGCGAUGGGUCACCAAGCACCUUCCGUGUUAUGUUCAAGGAACCUGUGGAGAUCCUCCCUAGUGUCAACUACAUCGCCUGUGCCACCCUCAAGGGACCAGAUUCACACUAUGGUACCAAAGGUAUGCGUAAAGUCACCCAUGAAGCCCCAGCCACGGGCACCAAGACCUGCUUCACAUUCUGCUACGCUGCAGGCAACAAUAACGGAACAUCAGUGGAAGAUGGGCAGAUCCCAGAGGUCAUCUUUUAUACAUAAUGUUGGAUUUACUGUUCUUUAAGGAAUAACAAUUCAUUCACCAUCAUGCUAUAAUUCGAUGUACUUCAGGCCUCCCAGGAGCGAUCAGUGACCAAAACAGUAUUUCAUUUCUUUUGUACUCUGCAUUGAUUUUCUUGCUACGUCAUCUGCAGAGCAUGAUUUGAAGAGUCCGGUUUGAAUACAGAUGCUGCAGUUUACGUUAGGCUAGAUCCUGAAGUUGCAGUUGCAACUGCCGAUUUGUUUUAGAAAGUAGACACUGUAUGAACAGAAGAAAACAGCAAUUACCAUCGUUUAAGACAUCAAAAGGUGACGAGCAAACUAUUUGGUAGUACAAACCGAAUACCGUUUUGCCUCAGAAGUGAUAUAGUACUUUGAAUGAUAGCACUUAAGUCCCAACAUGAAACCUAAAAUCAAUUCCAAUUACUACUUGGGAAGUCAAUGUUCCAGUUUCAUUGGAUGCACUGAUGCACUUUUGGGCAAGUCUUACUUGGCAAGCCAUGCAUGUUAUGGCAUAACCAUGCAGGAAAAUACCAUGAUAUUUUCACUCAGUUGUUUGCAUUAUAAAUGAACUGUGGCAUACCUCUCCAAAGACCCUGCAUCAGGAAUGUUAAGACACGACAAAUCUGUCAGAUCAGGAUUAUGUGGGCCAUUCCUCUGAUGGUUGUUUGCACAGGACAUCUUGGACCAUAUAAUUUGGCAACUUUGUUGUUGUGCGGAGUACUUUUCCCUGUCUUAGACUCUUGCUCAUUCAGAUCUAUGUAAUCAUGAGCUUGUUGAUCAUGUACUUGAGGGUGAACUGAGAUGUUAGGGUGGGGGGGGGGGGGUGUCGGGAAACUGAAUGUACAAUUACCUAUUUGCCAAUGUACGUGUUACUGCUGGUACUUUAUACAUUUUGAAUUCAGUUAAUGUGAGCACCUGUAAAUAAACAUGUUUGCAUACAUGGACUCAAACUACCAAAGUAAUACUGUUAACUAUUUCCUUGGACCACAUCUAGUGUGAUUUAAAAUGGAAGUGUACAAUUUCAUGGAAUUUACAUGACAAAAUAAAAGAUCAAAAAGC